AUGUUCGUCGCCGUAGUUGCGCUCCGGGCGCUGUGGGCUCUCGCUCUUUCCGGCCUCGCCUACUUUUUCUUCCGGCUGCACCAAGUCCGCAUGCGCACCCGCGAGCUCAGCACCAAGUAUGGGGUCCCCAUCUUGCCGCAUUCAUACUUCUGGGGCCACCUGAUCGUCAUGGGCAAAGCCAUGUCAAGGAUCCCAGGGGACGCCAACGGCACUCUCCUGAUGCACUUCCUGUUGAAGGACUUCCCAGAGUUUGAGGAGCACGGGGCCGUUUACAUUGAUUCGUGGCCCAUCGUGCAGCCUCUGGUCUUUGUUUUCAAUCCGGAAAUGAUAUCCACCUUUACACAGAUCCGGUCGCUCCCCAAGUCUCCCGACAUGAGAGCCGAGUUUAGGCCCUGGACCAAGAAUCUAGACCUCGUCACGCUCGAAGGGCCUGAGUGGAAGCGGUGGAGAAGCAUCUUCAACCCCAGCUUCUCUAACAAGAAUCUCACCUCGCUUGCUCCAGCCAUGCUCAACGAGAUUCGCAUCUUCUCCGACAAGCUAAAGGCGGCGGCGCGGUCCGGCGAGACGGUGAAACUGAUGGACCUAGCCAUCGAUCUGACAAUAGACGUCAUUGCCCUCAACAUCUCGGGAGACCGUCUGAACUGCCAGACGACGAGCCAGCCGCUGCAAAAAGCGCUCAACAACCAGAUAUGGUGGACCUGCCCGCGAAGCACGCCCGUCGAGAUCUGCAAGAUGCUGCACCCGCUGCGGUCGCUGUUCAUAUGGAACAACAACCGCACCAUCAAGAACCACUUCGUUCCCAUAAUACAGCGGCUCAUCAACGAGCAGGUCGGUAAUAACAAGGGCGUCGGCGCCGCCGGCGAGACCAAGACGAUCCUGGCGCUCGCCAUCCAAGCCUACCUGGCGGAGCAGAAGGAGGCCGGCAACCCCAUCACGUCGGCCAGCCAGAUCGACAGCGCGUUCCUGGAGCGGCUGACCAUGCACCUAGGCAUGCUCAUCUUCGCGGGCCACGACACGACGGCCACGACGCUGUGCUACACCGUGUACAUGCUGUCCAAGCACCCGGAGGCACUAGCAGCGGUACGGGCCGAGCACACGGCCAUACUCGGGGCAGACCCAGCAGCGGCCGAGGCGCGCAUCGCAGCCAACCCGACGCUGCUCAACAGCUUGCCGCACACGGCGGCGGUCAUCAAGGAGACGACGCGGCUGUUCCCGGCGGUCGGCGGCAGCGUGCGGGCCGGGCAGCCCGACUUCUGGCUCGUCGACGCCAAGACGGGCCAGCGCAUGCCCACAGAGCACUGGGCGCUGCUCAGCGACCACCACACGACGCACCACCGCGAGAGCCUGUGGCCGCGGCCGCUCGACUUCAUCCCGGAGCGGUUCCUCGUCCGCGACGGCGACGAGGCUAACCCGCUGCACCCGCACAAGAACGCGUACCGGCCGUUCGAGCUCGGCCCGCGCGGCUGCAUCGGCCUCGAGCUCGUCCAGCUCGAGCUCAAGGCCAUCCUGGCGCUGACGGCCCGCGAGAUGGACUUUGAGGGCGCCUUCGCGCCCGGCUCGCCAGAGGUCCUCGGCCACCAGGCCUACCACGUCGGCGACAUCGUGGCGCACCCCAAGGACGGCAUGCCCAUGCGCGUGAGGCUGCGGAAGGUAGGGGGGAGGGAGGUCAAUAUCUAG